AUGGGGUCUUCGAGCGCAGUGCUGCGUUUGCAGUACCACGUGGAAAAGGCGGCCGCCAUUUUCACACCGAGGACCGAUAGCAGCGCUUUGGUCGUGCUGUCAGCACUCGCUGCUUACGCGAGUGCUGAGCAGCAAAUGCUGAAGCGCUGCUAUCGGCAAAUGAUGAUAGUGCGAAAAUGGACGUGCAAAUCCCAUUUUCUGGAAGCUGCCAAGCGCAUCCGCGAAGAUCUGGGUGACGGCGAGCUCGAUGGCGACCUUCCGAGCCUACAGCAAUCAAAUGUGGCAGCGCAAGGUAUGGCGGUAUGUUGA